UUCGUGUCAGUGUGACGUGUGUAGGGGGAGGGGGGCUGCUGUGAUUUAAGCCCCAGCCACCCGGACGUUUGUUAUCACUCUGAGGGAGUCUGGCACCGGAGGACCGCGCUGCACCGGGAAACGCGCUGUGGAAACUACAACUCCCUCUAAGGUGGAUUUUACGCAGCGGGACGCAUGGCGCAGACCGGCACAGCGGGAUAACGCCUUUACCGACUCUCGGUGACUUUAGCAACAAACAGCAGGACCCCUCUGGUGUGGAGUGACCGAUCCGUGGCCGGCAGUGCCUCCUCUCCGCGCUGUGCGCCCUCCGUGUCCGUGCGUCGCUCUCCAGGACCAGAGACAUGGGAUGCAGGAGCGCGCUCGGAUGCUGCCUGUUCGCAGCGCUGUCCUGCUGCCUCCUCCGCGGCUGCAGGAGCAACAUCACGGUGGCCGUGAUGUUACCGGACGACCACCAGAAGUACCCGUGGGCUCUGCCGCGCGUCUUCCCGGCCAUCCUCAUGGCGCACGAAGACCUGGCCGGUAAACACAAGCUGCUGCUCGGCCGCACCAUCCGGAUCCUGAACUACAGCACGGAGGACCCCGCCGCGCGCACGUGCGCGGUGAGCCGGGCGCAGGUGCUGGCCGUGGACGCGAAGCUCUACGUGCGCCCGGAUGUGUUCUUCGGACCGGGUUGCGUGUACCCGCUGGCCUCCGUGGCGCGCUUCGCGUCCCACUGGAAGUUGCCGCUGAUCACCGCAGGAGGCCCCGCGCACGGCUUCGACGACCGGGUGGAGUACCGGACCAUCGUGCGCAGCGGGCCCACCACCACCAAGAUGGGGGACUUUGCCAACGCGCUGCACACGCACUUCAACUGGACGUCCCGGGCCGCGGUGGUCUUCUACGACCUGCGGCAGGACGACCGGCCGCACUACUUCCUGACCGAGGGCAUCUUCUUCAACCUGGACCGGGAGAUGAACGUGACGAUCGAGGCCCGACCGUACACCGACGAGACCGACUACAAGGAGCUGAUCGCGUUCAUGCAGGAGAACGGGAGGAUUAUUUACAUCUGUGGGCCCCUGAGAACGUUCCUGAGCAUCAUGAAGCUGUUCCAGAGUGAGAUCCACGACCCUGAAAACUACGCUAUCUUCUACCUGGACGUGUUUGCAGAAAGUUUGGCGGAUGGUAAACCGUGGCAGCAGCCGAACUUCGACUUGCCCAACCCCAUCGAGGUCUUUAAGUCUGUUUUCGUCAUCACGUACCACCCUCCGGAUAAUCCCGAAUACCGGGACUUUCAGAGGAAACUCCACACCCGAGCUCAGAGGGACUUCGGCGUUCGCUUGGAGCCGUCGUUGAUGGACUACAUCGCUGGCAGCUUCUAUGACGGCUUCUUGUUGUACGCCAUGGCCUUGGAGGAGACUCUGGCGGAAGGCGGAGCCCAGAACGACGGCAUCAACAUCACGAUGAGGAUGCAGAACCGCCGUUUCUGGGGGGUGACGGGAUUAGUCACCAUCGAUGACAAAAACGCAAGAAAUAUAGACGUGGACCUGUGGACAAUGACUAACCAGGAAACAGGAGAGUUUGGGGUCGUGGCUUACUUCAAUGGAAGUACCAAGGAGAUCAUCUGGUCCCAGACAGAGAAGAUCCACUGGCCCAGUGGAGGACCACCACUAGAUAAUCCUCCUUGUGUCUUCUCCACUGACGAUCCUUCCUGCAACGACGGUCAGCUGCCAGUUCUGGGUAUCGUAGCCGUUGGCUCUGGAUUGGCGCUUAUCAUUUUUGGGAUCUCCAGUUUCCUCAUUUACAGGAAACUGAAGCUGGAGAAGGAACUGGCGGGAAUGCUGUGGAGGAUCCGGUGGGAAGACCUUCAGUUUGAAAGUCCCAAUAAAUAUCACAAACGAGCAGGAAGUCGACUAACCCUCUCACAGAGAGGCUCCAGCUACGGCUCCCUGAUAACUGCCCAUGGAAAAUAUCAGCUGUUUGCAAAAACCGGCUAUUUUAAGGGGAACCUGGUGGCCAUCAAGCACGUCAACAAGAAGAGGAUAGAGCUGACUCGGCAAGUUUUAAUGGAACUCAAACAUAUGAGAGACGUUCAGUUCAACCAUCUGACCAGGUUCAUCGGGGCCUGCAUCGACCCUCCCAACAUCUGUAUCGUAACAGAGUACUGCCCCCGGGGCAGCCUGCAGGACAUUCUGGAGAACGAGAGCAUAAACCUGGACUGGAUGUUCCGCUACUCGCUGAUCAAUGACAUAGUGAAGGGAAUGAACUAUCUCCACAACAGCUACUUCGGCUGCCACGGAAAUCUGAAGUCAUCUAAUUGCGUGGUGGACAGUCGAUUUGUUCUGAAAAUUACGGAUUAUGGCUUGGCCAGCUUCCGCUCAUCCUGCGAGAAUGACGACUCGCACGCCCUCUAUGCAAAAAAGCUUUGGACAGCUCCUGAGCUGCUCAUUUACGACCGCCACCCCCCUCAGGGGACUCAGAAGGGUGAUGUGUACAGCUUUGGCAUCAUUCUACAGGAAAUAGCUCUGAGGAAUGGACCUUUCUAUGUGGAAGGCAUGGACCUCAGCCCUAAAGAGAUCAUCCAGAAGGUGAGAAAUGGUCAGAAGCCAUACUUUCGGCCAAUAACAGAUAACAGAUGCCACCCAGAGGAGCUGACGAUACUGAUGGAGGGCUGCUGGGCAGAGGACCCCGCAGAGAGACCCGACUUUGGCCACAUUAAAAUCUACAUGGCCAAACUCAACAAGGAGGGCAGCACCAGCAUUCUAAACAACCUGCUGUCCCGGAUGGAGCAGUACGCCAACAACCUGGAGAACCUGGUGGAGGAGCGAACACAAGCCUACCUGGAGGAGAAGCGGAAAGCUGAAAACCUCCUCUAUCAAAUACUACCACAUUCUGUAGCGGAGCAGCUAAAAAGAGGUGAGACGGUGCAGGCGGAGGCCUUCGACAGCGUCACCAUUUACUUCAGCGACAUCGUAGGAUUCACGUCCCUGUCUGCAGAGAGCACGCCACUACAGGUCGUCACUUUGCUGAACGAUCUCUACACGUGCUUUGAUGCCAUAAUUGAUAACUUCGAUGUGUACAAAGUGGAGACCAUCGGAGACGCCUACAUGGUGGUGUCCGGGCUGCCGGUGCGGAACGGUAAACUCCACGCCCGAGAGAUUGCCGGCAUGUCGCUGGCUUUAUUAGAGCAGGUCAAAACGUUUAAGAUUCGACACAGACCCAACGACCAGCUGAGGCUCAGAAUAGGAAUACACACAGGCCCGGUGUGUGCUGGUGUGGUCGGGCUGAAGAUGCCCAGAUACUGCUUGUUUGGAGAUACUGUCAACACGGCAUCUCGAAUGGAGUCCAACGGAGAGGCCUUAAAGAUCCACGUAUCCUCAGCCACCAAAGAAGUGCUGGAUGAGUUUGGUUACUUUGACCUUCAGUUACGAGGAGAUGUAGAAAUGAAGGGCAAAGGCAAAAUGAGAACAUAUUGGCUUCUUGGGGAGAAGACUGAUGUGUAUGUAAUCUGAGAGGUCUGCUGACCACGUGGCAGGAGCUCCGGAGCCUCUACUUUAUUUGUUCUAGAAUAAGUCCUUUACUGUGAUUUCCCCGCAAAGGAAAGGUGAACAACACCCUACGAGAGAAACCAGAGGGAAUUCCAGGUAUAUUUAUUACCUGCAUACUGGAGCUGAGAAACACCACAGAAAAACAAAAGCCUGUUUUUGUAUGAAGAGUCCUGAGACUGAGAGCUUUUCACAGAUAAAUUCUUAUUUUUUGCUCUUUCUAUAUUAAGAUUUGUACGAUGUGUUUGGAAGUCAAUGAUGUAUUUAAUAUUUUUGAAGCAUCCAUUGAAGUUAGAUGGUGCAGAUUAGCAACCAUCGUUACUGCAGGGGUUGAUCACCCGCGUAACACAACACAUACAUGUAUAUAUGUAUAUCCAAGACACUGUAAAAUAUUUUGUUCAAUAAACUGAGUGAAACACUCUUUUAUAAAUCCA